AUGUCUGUCACUAUAGAAGACUCUUUUCAGACAACCUUCGCUGUGCCCAUGCACUGUCAAGAUUGUAGCGACAGCAUCCAUAGCACCCUAUCCGCCGUAGAAGGAGUGCAGAAUGUUAAAGUCGAUUUAGAACAGCAGAUUGUAUGCGUUGAUGGAAUUGCUCCUCCAAGUGCAAUUGUAUCUGCUUUACAAUCGAGCGGCAGGGAUGCCAUAUUACGGGGUACCGGAAAACCUAAUAGCGCUGGAGUCGCUAUAUUAGAGACUUCGGCGCCUACGGAGGAUGGAAUUAACACCACUGUACGUGGAUUGGUACGUAUGGUUAGUGUGUCACCUACCAAGACGUUAUGCGACGUUGUUCUAAACGGUGUCCCAAAAGUCGGGAAAUAUUACGCUUCCAUAAGAAAGACAGGAGAUGUCUCACAAGGUUGCAAGAGUACCGGGGAUGCACUGCAUACAUUUGAUCCUAUUGAAUGUAAAGAAUCCAGUGAUCUUGGGACUGGCUUAUAUAGCGGCAGCGGUUUUGUGACCUGCCCUUUCCCUAUCUGGGACAUUGUAGGUAAAGCCUUUAUGAUCUCUGACGACCCUAUCUUCAAGCCCGGCUCUUAUGGUAUAAUUGGCGUUAUUGCCAGAAGUGCCGGUGUAUGGGAAAACGAUAAACAGGUGUGCGCUUGCAGCGGCAACACUCUUUGGCAAGAGAGAAAAGAAGCUCUCAACCACAAUAUUACGAAGUAA